GAUGGCCUACUGCCUCAUCGCUGUCCUCGUCAACUGGGAUCCGGCAAAGGGAGAGUGGUAUACGGUCGGUGGGCUUGUCUCAGACAUCUCUUCCUUGAUGCUGAUCAACUGCAUAAGCAUUCCGGUCCAAAUCGCCUUUGGCUGCAAGCUGCUGCUGAGGCGAACUCUUCGAGACUCGAAGCUGGAUCUGGAAGAGCCCCCGCCGGGGCUCACGCAGAGAAGGUACCAGGCUUUCUUCGAGCUGCCUGAUAUGGAUCAGACACGGCCCUUUGCGAAAGUCCUGCUUACGUUCCUUCUGGGGUUCAUCUUCAUGCCCAUGUGGCCCUAUGCGAUCCUGAUAGCUGCGGUUGCUCUCUUCUUGGAGUACUGGGCGUUCAAGUAUCAACUCCUCCGGCAGAGCAAACGGCCAUACCGGCAAGGCCACGAGGUAUCCUAUGCGGCCCUGAGGCUACUCUACAUCGGCACAGCUGGCUAUGCACUCGCGCAGGAGCUCCUCCUCAAGCCGUCGCUUGCUGAGGAAGACGGGUCCUGGUCCGACUUCAUUACGCUGCCGCUCUUUGGGGCGGCCUUGCUGCUGAUGGCUGUAUCCGUGAGGGUGCAGAGGCUUCUGUGUGGUGGCUUCUUGCUGGGCCGCGAUGCGCCAACUGCAUCGGAGGUGGACUACUAUGUUGCGCAGCGCGCCUGGCCAAAGCACCAAAAGUACCACACCACGAACACGAAUCUUUGCAGGGCUUCGAAGUCUUGGAUGUGA